AUGGAUCCAGCUCGAAAGAAGCAAAAGGUAGAUCUAGUAGUAGACGAACCAGAGUUGGCGCAGGAAAUCUUGAAUCAAUAUUCCGAGAAACAUUCCUCGUUUAGCUUCAAAAGCGCCAAAGUGCCCAAAGCCUACAACCAGGAACGUAUUGGCUAUGAAAGAGGGGGUUUUCACCACGUUCGCGGUAAAAUUUAUGAUUGUGGGAAACUCACAAAGCCCGCAGAGUUCUUUCUCGCUAAGCAUGUUGGGCGCAGGGCGUUACACGACGCGGUCCCGGGCUUUCCAAACCCUGAAAAGAUCCCAGACCACGUCAAAAAACAGGAUGAUGUCUAUCUGGGGGGUCUAGUACGUUGCAACAACGACAGCGACGAUGAUGAUGGUAAGGGAGAGAAGCAAAAGGAAGAAGAACGCAAGGAAGCGAAGCAGCAGCCAACGCAGAAAGAAAAAUCUCAUGCCGAGACGAAGAAAGACCAAGGGGAAGAAGAUCCAGAUCGCCUGAUUCUCGCGGCUGCCAGGGCUGAAAAGGACGAAAAAAGGAGCCCUAUCCAUGAGUACCUGACUUUAUUGUGCCAUCGAUCGUCGAGAGCCUUGCUGAAUGAGCUGAAUUCGGAUGACAAGGCGGAGAUUGCGGCAUGUCUUGUUCCCGAGUACAACCCCGAGGUUCUGGACAUGACCAUGGAGUGCACUGGAGCAGUGGAAUUUGACAAGAUAUUCCCACUUCCUCCUCCCGAGUUUCGUCUGGACGUCGCUGAAGUGCUCCCAUUCCUUCAUGAGCGGGUAUUGCAGAGUUUAGGUCGUAUUUGGUACGGCUCUACGCCACUUACUCCAGGAGGAGCCGCCCUCUUGACUGCUGCAUUGAGUGCAGUUUUGUAUCAGGUCUACCUCAGGAAUUAUUUAAAAGAGGAAGAGAACAGCAGCGAAGAGAGUGGUGCAGAGGGUGAAGAGGAAGAGAACAGCAACGAAGAGAGUGUUGAAGAAGGUGAUUUGGAGCGAUAG